UUACUGAUACAUCUGCUCCCUCUUGAACACACGGAGUGCUUAUUCUUCUGUGUUCUGUGUAGCCGGAUCCGCAGAAACUGCUGAUUUUCUCAGGAGCUGCUGAGAAGGAAACAGGAGGAAAUCACGAGUUGGGCACAAGUCAAGUUGAUGAUGAAUAUCAACACAGCGGCGGCUUAGCAGUGGACUGUAUACGAUAUUUUAGCUAGGUUUCUGAGAAGUUUUUGUGGCUGUGGUGGGCGACCAGGCACAAUGUCCCGUCGUUUUCUGAGGUUCUUCACUGCAGUGGGGGACAAUCACCACAGCCUUUUCCAGUGGGACCAUGAGGAGCUGCACACGAACGGCGAGGAGCUGGAGCCAUCAAAGCAGACCCACUCCGCUGCGCUGACCUUCAGAGACUCCAUGAAGAGACUCUUCAGCUCUGAGAGGUUUCAGAUAGGUGUUGUGUGCCUGGUGGUCUUGGAUGCCAUAUUUGUACUAUGUGAGCUGCUGAUCGAUCUCUCUAUAAUCAAAGCAGACGAGCACCGGAUCGCUCCACAGGUUUUUCAUUACCUCAGCUUGGCCCUCCUGACCUUCUUCAUGGUGGAGUUGAGCUUGAAGCUGUUUGCAUACCGGAUGGAGUUUUUCAAGCACAAGUUUGAGGUGUUUGAUGGGAUUGUGGUGGUGGUGUCCUUCGUCCUGGACAUUGUCUACAUCUCCAGAGAGGAUGCCUUUGAUGGAAUGGGCCUUCUGAUCCUGCUCAGGCUGUGGAGGGUGGCUAGGAUCAUUAACGGUAUACUGGUGACGGUGGAGAACCGAGCUCAUCACAAAGUGCAGAAAGUGCAAGAGAGCAACGAUCGACUCGUCCAGCAAGUCAACGAGCUCCAAGAACAGAAAGCCAGAAUGGAGCAGGAGCUCAGCAGGCUGCGAGCGCUUUUAAAGCAGCACAACAUCGAGCACUAGCACUGUGUUCAUCCUGCAAAUUUACUCUCACCAGCAAACCCAUGCUUGUACAAAAGGCUAGUCACAUCUGCACUCUUCAUUGUGAAUGGAGCCAGUGAAAGCAAAUACGACACGUGUCUGAUUAAAUCCUGUAGGUCCUCAGCUACUGUCUCUGUCAUAUUUUAGAUUAGACUUUGUCUAUAGCAAUCCAGAAGGGCCAUGAAGGGCAACAAAGACUGUAUAAUUGGCUGUAUAGUUGAAUAAGUAGAGUAUGGUAUCAAAUGUUAUAGUGAGUAAGUACUAUACCAAAUCAGAUGUUACAGUGAAUCACUAGAGUACUGGUGUUCAUCUAGUGAAUCAGUACAGUACUGAUUCACAUGUUAUUAAAUCAGGUGUUAUAGUUAAUCAGUACAGUACUGAAUCUUUAGAUGUGAAUCAGUAAUGAGUCAGGUUUUGUAGUGAAUCAGUACAGUACAAAAAUGACAGUAUAGUCAGUUUAAUACUGAAUCGGGUGUUGUAAUGAAUCAGAACAACACUGUAUAAGGUUAUAGUGCAAUACUGAAUCUGGGAACACAAUCAGUAAAGUACAAAAGAAGUUGGUAUAGUGAAUAAGUACAGUACUGGAUCAGGUUUUGUAGUGAAUCAGUACAGUAUUGAAUCAGGUGCUGUAGUGAAUCAGUACCUCACAGAAUCAGGUGUUGUAGUGAAUGAGUACCUCACAGAAUUAGGUUUUGAAGUGAAUCAGUACAGUACUGAAGCAGGUGUAGUAAUGUAUCAGCACAGUACUGAAUCGGGGUUUUGUAGUGAAUCAGUACAUUACUGAAUCAUGUUCUGUAGUGAAGCAUAGUAUUGAAUUAAUUGUUGUAGUGAAUUGGUAUAAUACUGAAUCAGGUGAUAUAGUGAAUCAGUCUAGUGCUAAGUAAGCCAUAAGCUAUACUAAAACUGGUAUGUUGAGAAUUUUUAUAAAGGGAAAAAAUUGCCAGGUCUACAUUCUUAUAACCAGCUCUUUUUUUUCCUUUUUAUUCAAAGCCUUUGCACUGUCCAUCUGCAUAAAUAUAUGUGCACUAACAUUUUUCUGUAAACAUGUAAACUUGUCUCUGGCUUGCUGUAAGAAAUAUGCUUUGAUGUAUACUUUGUAUACUAUAAAAAAUGAUUUGCAAAGGAAUCAAAUGUAUUCUUUGUUAUAUCUGAACAGCAUAUAUAAAAAAUAAAGAAAAUUGGGAAAAA